AUGCCUAAAACUCAAAGAAAAACAGAGCACCACUUUUUCAAGUGGGUCGACGAGGCAAUUAUUGACGAGAUCAACAUUGUUGAUGCAAAACACUCCCACCUAAAGGAAGAUGUCGACUCUUUCAGGCUGUGCACAGCAAGACAUUUGGAAAAACAUGCCAAACAAAUAGAGCAAACCCUACACCAGAUCAAAAUGCUAAUGGAUGCCAAGACAAACACAUGUGGCACUGAGGACAACUCAGCUUCGACCUCUGAAGAUCCUCUAGUGUCCCCCAUGAUGUCCUCUUCUGCCAAUUCAUUGACCAACAUCGCAGUUGCAGCCAUUACACUUGGAACAAUGGCCUGGAUCUACGCUAGGAUCAGCAACUAG